CGUGGGUGUUGUGUAAUUAGAAAUUGUUACUACUCUAUUAGACUAUUCAAAUGUCAACUUUUCAAGGUGCACUUGAUGAAUUUUGAAACUCACCACAAAAUGGUCGGUAUAACGGCUUCUCCGAUUCAAUCGUUUCGGGUUACCAUGACCGUAGAUUAGCCUCUCUUGAGAAAGCCUCAGCACAAUUGUAGCUAUCUCCUUUCCUUAUAAAAUCAUAAACCUCCUCUUUUUGGCCUCAAUCCAAUUCUCUUUGCAUCUCUACCAGAGUUUCGUCGCCAACAGUUUGCGGUGGAAUGGCAUGGAGAUAUGUCGGCUCAACAUUUCUGAGGCUGGAAUCACGUCUUUCUUGCAUAUGAUAUUACAAAAUCUAAAUGGCUCUGCCUAUAAUCAAAGUGGUACGGAAUUAUAAUCCUAUUAUAUUAUACUUUUCCUUCUAAACGUUGUAUAAUUAUGAACACUAUGAUUGUCACCUUUUAUUUUGGUGGUGUGGUGUUAUAACUUUCUAAACUCCAGUGCACAUAUUUUCAGAAUAUACUGUUUCCGUUUUGGGAAAUGCGACAAAUGUGAUUCAACAAUGGUUGUAUAUUAUUUUACAAGUCUUACUCAUUAUUUUGUUUUUGGCUUCUUUUGUUUCGAGGACCAUACUGCUGGCAUUGCUAACUAACAAAGUCCCAUUGCUUGUAUAAUUAUAUGAAAUUUGGAUUCUGCUGGCAGGUCUCCUCAUCUUCUGGUAUCUUGUAAGAUAGAUACUGUUCAUAGAAUUUCUUGAAAAUUGGACUCUAAAGGAAAGCAAACACUUAGCUUUUGAAUCAAAUGUGAGAAUGGGGAGAGCAAAAUUAAAACUGCAUAAGUUGGAUGGUAGCAACCGCAUAGGAGUAUACUCAAGGCGAAAGAAGGGACUCUUGAAGAAAGCUAAUGAGCUGUCAGUGUUGUGUGACAUUGACAUCUUUCUUGCCAUGUUUUCACCAGGUGGAAAGCCUAGUGUAUACAAGUCAGAUAACAGUAGCUUUGAGGACAUGAUUACCACCAAGUUUGCCGAAGUAAAUCCAGAAGAAAGGGCAAAAAGGAAGAUGGAGUGUCUCGAUACAAUAAAGAAAGCUUGCAAGAAGUAUGAUCAUGAUGUAGACAUAGGAGAGCAGCUUUGUCCUGGGGAUUUGACAACGGCGGAUAUCAAUUUUCUCUCACAGUCAUUAAGAAUUCGACUUUCAGACAUUGAGGGUAGACUCAGGCUAUGGAAGAAUCUUGACAAGAUUGACAGUAUUCAACAACUUAGGAAAUUGGAGAACUCAAUAUCAAAAUCUCUUAACGAAAUCGCGAAACAUAAGUGUGGGAUGGGUUCAUUAAUUUUUGGUGCUGGGCAAGAUUUUCAGCCUUCUUCAGCCCGACAUGGGAUGGAUUCACCUUUGAACUUUGAUGCUAGGAAAGAGCUCCAUCCAUGUUCAUCAGUCCAUGCUUGUGAUAGUGAAAAUAUUGAUGUAAAUGAAGGCAUGAAUUCAUUCGAUUCAUCUUUACUUUGUGAUACUGGGCAAGACUUCCAGACUACUUCACUGAUGCAGCAUGGGAUGAAUUUGGGGCAAGAGCUCUAUCAAUGUUCAUCAGUCCACGGUGGUAAUAGUGAAAAUAUGGAUGUAUACGAGGACUUAAAUUCAUUUCCACUAGAGUAUUUGGAGGAAUCAUCUUUUUCUUUUGAGAGCUACACAAAUCUUGUUUGCAACAAAGAAAUUGAAGUCUCUAUGCCAGAAUCCGUAAAUUUUGUACCUGAUGAAAUAUUUCUAGAUUGUGAAGUAAAUCAGGAAGAUAUUGUAACAGAUUUUGGAUUUACCUUUGAUGUGCCACAACUAGAACAGACGGAUGACCAGGGAAAUGCUUUUGACUAUAACAUCAACAAGGGUUCCAGACUUCCUCAUUCUGAUCUUGUUAACAUCCACGAUAGUUCAAAAUCAGCAUCUGGUACUUGUGAAAAGAUGAUAUUAGCCAAAUCUCUACACUUUCUGUAUGGGAUGGAUUCAUCAAGUUCUGAUGCUGGAGAAGAGUUUUCAACUGCUUCCUCAAUCAAGCAUGGGAUAAAUUUAUCUUCAACCCAACUCGAUGCAGGCUUAUCUGUCAAUGGUGGUGAUAGUGAAAAUAUGGACGAUUACGAGGAUCUUAAUGCAUUUGAUUCAUGUUUAAAAUUUGAUGAUGAGCACGAAUUUCAGUCUUCAUCAUCAAUUGGCCAUUAUAGUAUGAAUUCACCUGUAAGUUUUGAUGCUGGGCAAGAGCUGCAUCGAUCUUCAUCAGUCAACGGAGGUGAUAGUGAAAGUAUUAAUGGAUACGGGGACCUAAAUUUGUUUGUACAAGGGUUUUUGGAUGAUCCAUCUUUAUCGAUCGAGAGCUGUACGGAUCUUGCUUGCAACCAUGAAGUUGAAAAUUAUAAGCCGGGAUAUGAAAAUUGUUCAGCGGAUAAAAUAUUUCUGGAUUGUCAAUUAAAUCAGGAAAAUAUUGAAAUGGCAUUCAAAUCUAAUCUUGAUUUGCCACUGGUAGAGCAAAUGGAUGUCCAGGAAAGCACUUUUGACUGUCUCAACAAAGGUUUUGGAUUUCCACUAUUAACAUCCAUCCUAGUGUAACUUGUGACAAUAUGACUAUCUCAACUUUCUUGGGAUAAUGCUCAAAUUCACAAACACAGAGAAUGGAAUGGAACGUGAUAACUUCGGUAAAGAUGUUGAUUUGAAAUAGCAACGUAAUAGCUUCAAAUGUUUCAUACGAAGGCUAUUUAAUACUAUAGCAACGUGGGAUUUGCAAUUUUAAGGGAGUACGGUGUAAUCUUUCUCAAGAGAAUCGACUCAGUCACAUUC